ACUCUCGCGAUAUAUCAGAUUACACACCACCACACUACAGUGUGCGUCUGUGCGCUUGAGACAGGUAAGAUGGCGGCGCAGGAGAUUCAAGCAACACAGCAGUCGUCCGUCAGCAACGGAGAGGUGAGCAGUAAUGGGGCAGCUGCCUCAGGUCAGGUAGCUCAGACAGGUGCGACUGCACUGGACCCCCAACAACAACAGCAGCAGCAGCAACAGCAACAGCAGCCCAAUGCCUGGCAGGUGAUUAAAGGUGUCCUCUUCAGGAUUUUUAUCAUCUGGGCUAUAAGUAGCUGGUUCCGCAGAGGUCCAUCAACUCCAGAUCCCAACACUCCCGCUGGAGCUCCACGAGUGCCCAGCCGAAACCUCUUCACCAAGGACACCCUUAUGGAUUUAUAUGUAUAUAUCUCUGAGAAUGAGAUAUUUACAGAUUUUAACAAUACAGGAGCACUGUUCUGGUACCAGCAAGAUCUGGUUUAUGGAGAUUGGACCACAGGGGAGUCGGGAGAUGGCUGCCAUGAGCAUUACCAAGAGCUGGACCUCUCUGAGAGUGUGAAGCAGAACAGCUCUAUAUACAUCCACAUUUACUUCACCAAGAGUGGCUUCCACCCAGACCCCAAACGCAAGGGCCAGUACCGCAGACUGUCCACGGUCCAUUCCACUCUAAUGCUCAACAAGUACAAGAGGAGGAAGUUCCUCAAGACCAAGAACCUGUUGACAGGAGAAACCGAAGCUGAUCCAGAAAUGAUCAAGCGGGCUGAGAGUCAUGGGCCUGUGGAGAUAAUAUCCCAUUGGCAUCCCAACCUCACUAUCAACAUGGUAGACGAUCACACAGCUUGGGUGAAAGGCUCUGUCCCCCCACCUCUUGGUCAGUAUGUAAAGUUUGAUGCAGUGAGUGGAGACUACUAUCCCAUUGUUUAUUUCAAUGACUACUGGAACCUGCAGAAGGACUAUUACCCCCUAAACGAUACCCUGCAGAAUCUGCCCCUCCGACUCACCUACUGCCCCCUCUCCUUGUGGCGCUGGCAGUUAUAUGCCGCCCAGAGUGCCCGUUCCCCCUGGAACUUCCUGGGAGAGGACACUUACGAGCAGUCAGAUGAGGACCAGGAUUCUGUUAAGGUGGCUCUACUUGAGACCAACCCCUACCUCCUGGGACUGACCAUCAUGCAAAUAUUCCCACAUAGUGACCUAGAUAUGUGGGCUUUCUCUGCAGAUAUCCAGUUCUGGAACAGCCGUCAGUCUCUGGAGGGGCUGUCUGUGCGCUCCAUCAUAUUCGGGGUGUUCCAGUCUCUGGUAGUGCUGCUCUAUAUCCUGGACAAUGAGACCAAUUUUGUCGUCCAGGUCAGCGUAUUCAUCGGCCUGCUCAUCGACUUCUGGAAGAUUACCAAAGUCAUGGACAUCAGGCUGGACAGAGAGAACAGGAUUGCUGGAAUUUUCCCACGAUUGAUAUUCAAAGACAAGUCCACAUAUGUGGAGUCUUCAACAAAAACCUAUGAUGACAUGGCUUUUAAGUAUCUGUCCUGGCUGUUGUACCCUCUCUUUGGGUGCUAUGCAGUUUAUAGCUUAUUAUAUGUGGAACACAAAGGCUGGUACUCUUGGGUGCUCAGUAUGCUUUAUGGAUUCUUGUUAACCUUUGGGUUCAUCACCAUGACACCGCAGCUCUUCAUCAACUACAAGAUGAAGUCAGUAGCCCAUCUUCCCUGGAGGAUGCUCACCUACAAGGCCCUGAAUACCUUUAUAGAUGACUUGUUUGCCUUCGUCAUCAAGAUGCCAAUGAUGUACAGAAUAGGUUGUCUCAGAGAUGAUGUGGUCUUCUUCAUCUAUCUGUAUCAGCGCUGGAUUUACAGAGUGGAUCCCAACCGUGUGAAUGAGUUUGGGACCAGCGGAGUGAACCACAGCAGUGACAGCCCAGCCCAGCCAGCAGCUGCCGACACAAUCGCUGCCAUCACAGAUAAACCAGAGGGGGAGAAGAAGAAUGAUUAACCUCUUUUAACCCCCUCCCUUUCCCUCUAGUCUUGUGAAGGUGUAAUAAGGCAUCUUCAAGGCUGAGUUUCUGUUUAAUUGUCAGGGAUGGGAACUGGAUUAAUGGUAUUACGUAAAAGACUGCAGAUAAAAAAAAAAAGUUCAGUUCAGCGUUCCUCCUUUGUGUGGGAUCCACAGGAAAAAAUAUAUAUAUUUAAUGUAGACUUCCUAAAAUCAUUCUUUUUCAAUAUCCCAUAUUUUUGCAGUCAAAGUGAAGUAAAAUGUGAUGUACUGUAUUGUAUAUUUUUGGGUUGGUAACUAAUAAUUUGAAGGGUUAGGUAGUCCGUAAUUAAAUCCUAUUGGCUAGAGUGAAUAGGGCGAUUGCAGUACAUAUCAUUUUGUUUGUUGACGUACAAGAGCGAGGAAAAGAGGCUCAACGCAGCCUCGCCGGUCUCCUGAUUCUGUGUACUUACUUUCUGUUCAUUCCAUGUGUGAAGGGGUACCAGUUAGCAGUUGUGUAGUGUAGGACGGAGGUGGCCAAGAAAAAAAAAACAGCCAAUUCUGUUCAAAUGCUACCCGUGUGCGAGACAGACUUUUCACGUUUUUAAAACAAGAAUUGAUGUUGAAAACUUUAACAGAAAAUAAAGAAAUAACAGCCUUGUAGGUAUUAAUAUAUAAUUAUAUUAAUAAUAUUAAUAACUACGAUCAUGAUUUUUUUUUAAGCCUCUGAAUUUUCUUUUGUAUGUUCUAAAACUACAGCAUCUCGGCUUGUAAAACUUAAUCAUGCUGAUAUCAACUGUCUAGCAAAAGCUAAAUUGCCAGUCCUCUCACUGAGAACUAGUUUCAUUACAUUCACACUCCACAGCUGGACCACCAUGUGUCAAUGUCCGGUUCGGCUCGACACGUCGACAGUCCAAGAAUGCGUGAGAUGAAAUGCCUGGUUUGUCUUUUUGUUUUUUUUUGGUGCCGUACUUCUGACUCGAUUGGGCUUUUUUUUUUUUUGGUACAUUCCAAAAUUUGAUCACUCAUGUUUAUAGUAAAGCAUAAGUGCAGUUUAAAUUGGACAUUGUUUUAUUCAUGUCUCAAGAGUUGUGCAUUUGCAUAUUUGGCUUUUUAAAGGUGUGACAUUGGGCUCAUAAAAAAUAUGUAUCAAAGGAAAA